CUUUUUUGGUCGUUUAUUAAUUUAAAAACAUUUGAAUUGAUGAAGGGUGCGCAAUCGGACACCUAACGUAGCGGCUUCAGACGGCGGAAACAAUCUUCGCCCAAAUCCUGCAACGCAAGGUUCCCAAAAACCGUCUGAAGUUUCCAAGAACGGAGGGGGGAAUGCCGCUCUCAUCAUUCUGAAACGAAAAAAUUGAAUCUUGAAGCGGACCCCCACCGGCCAUGGCCGACACCAGCGUGGCCCCGAAGCCGGCGAUGGCGAAAUGCCUUAGCAAGAAAGAUCUGCUGGGAGGGCUUCUUCUGGGUCGGUAUGAGGUCGGAAAACUCCUCGGCCAUGGGAGCUUCGCGAAGGUGUACCAGGCCAGGAACGCCAAAACGGACGAGACCGUAGCGAUAAAGGUGAUUGACAAGGAGAAGAUCCUCAAAGUCGGCCUCAUUUCCCACAUCAAGCGGGAGAUCUCGAUUCUCCGGCGGGUCCGCCACCCCAACAUUGUCCAGCUCUACGAGGUUAUGGCCACCAAGACCAAGAUUUUCUUUGUCAUGGAAUUCGUCAAGGGCGGCGAGCUCUUCAACAAGGUCGCCAAGGGCAGGCUCAAAGAAGACUCUGCUCGCAAAUAUUUCCAGCAGCUGAUCUCAGCUGUCGCAUUUUGCCACGCCCGUGGCGUCUACCACCGCGAUUUGAAGCCGGAAAACAUUCUGAUUGACGAGGAUGGCAAUGUGAAGGUUUCGGAUUUCGGGUUGAGCACCAUUUCGGAGCAGAUCAAGCAGGAUGGGCUGUGUCACACGUUUUGCGGCACACCGGCUUACGUGGCUCCCGAGCUUCUGGCCAGAAAAGGGUACGACGCAGCGAAGGUAGAUAUAUGGUCUUGUGGGGUAAUUUUGUUUGUUCUUUUAGCAGGUUAUUUACCAUUUCAUGAUCAGAACGUCAUGGCAAUGUAUAAAAAGAUUUACAAGGGUGAAUUUAGGUGUCCGAGAUGGUUCUCUAAUGAACUGGUCCGACUCUUGACCCGAUUACUUGACACUAAUCCAGCAACGAGAAUGACAAUCCCAGAGAUAAUGAGUAAUAAGUGGUUCAAGAAAGGGUUUAAGCACGUUCAGUUCUACAUAGAGGAUGAUAAGUUGUGCAGUGUUGUUGAUGAAGUGGAGACAAAUGAGUUAAUUGAUUCUUUAUCCGAUUUAUCUGAAUCUGAGUCUGAGACAGAGAGUAGGAGGAGGUUGAGCAGUUUACCCAAACCUACAAGUUUGAAUGCGUUUGACAUUAUUUCAUUUUCUCGCGGUUUUGAUCUAUCCGGGCUGUUCGAGGAAGGAUCAGAUGGUGGGAGGUUCAUAUUAGGGGCACCUGUGUACAUGAUUGUGAAUAAGUUGGAAGAGAUUGCAAAGGUGGUGAGUUUCAAGGUGAGGAAGAAAGACUUUAGGGUGAGUUUGGAAGGGUCUAAGGAGGGCGCAAAGGGACCAUUGACAAUAGCUGCUGAGAUAUUUGAAUUGACGCCGUCUUUAAGAGUUGUGGAAGUGAGGAAAAAGGGAGGAGAUAGAGGCGAGUAUGAGGAGUUUUAUAAUCGGGAACUCAAACCAGGUUUACAGAGCUUAGUAACUGAAGAAGCUGCUGCUAAUUUUUCACAUUUGCCUUCAGAUACAGAUUAAAGGGAGAAAGGUGAUUAAGAAAACCAGAGGUUUGGAGUGGAUUUUGACAGAAGAAGAGAGAAUCACUCUAAUGGUGUCUGUGAGCCAUCCUAAUUAAGCCCGGCAAUUUGAUCGUUUCUCUUGGUCCAAAUUCUUUUUGAGCCGCAAGGGAUGUCUUAUGUUGAUAUCAUCAUAUUUUACUUCCACGUUUGCCUAUUUAUAUACUAUUAUACAGUAUGUAUAUCUUCUCGAAUCUUUUGGGGUGAAUUUUUUAUACGUAAUUACGUAGUACGUGGAUUAGUAUAAUAUUGUUGAUUAGUAAAAUCAUCCAUCACAACGUGUAGUGAUUUUGAUUGGACUAUCCCGCGCCGUUGGACCGUUGGUUGAAUAAUUUUGGUGGACCGUUUGGUGACC